UCUAACGCGCGUUACAAGACUCAAAGACAAAAUAGUUGGAGCGGUUUAGCGUUGGUUUGUAGGCAGAAAAAGUAGAGAAGGCGGUGAUCGUCUAGAUGGGUUCAUCUAAGAAGAAACAUAAAGACGGCGAUGAUCGACGCAAGAAGAAGUCGAAAAGAGAUGAGAAACGAGACGAGGGCGACCACGUGGAAAAGCACGUGCGUGCGGAUGGCGGCGACAGUCACGAGAGGAAGAAGAAGAAGCGAAAGCGAAGUCGGAAGGAAGCGGAGAAGGACGGAAAAGAGCUAACUAAGGAUUUACAGAGUGACGGCGAGUCAGAGGGAGAGGUGAGUGUGAAGAAGAGAGCGAGAGAAGAGAGCGUGGAGGAGGAGAAUGAGAAGAGAGUCGAGGAUGGUAUGGACGACGAAACAAAGAAGGAACGAGAUGCAAGGGAUGUUGAUGUGAAGGGUGGUGACACAUCUCUUAGUGUUGAAGCGACGAAUAAAUUGAGAGCACAGUUGGGUUUGAAGCCACUUGAUGUUGGAGACGAGAAAGAGAAAUCUGCUGGUGAAAGUAAAAAGAAGAAACAGGAUGUUCAUGUUCCAGCUCAUAAUAUUGGAGAGAAGAGAGAGCAAGAAGAAGUGAAACGGAAAUUAGCUGAGAUGCAGGAGAAGAGGAAGAUUAGAGAGAAACUCAGUAAAGUGAAGAGUCUUGGUGAAGGUGAUGAUGAAAAGGAGAAUGAAAGUGCUGCUAGUUGGAUAGAGAAAUCUAGACGAAUACAACGGGAGAGAGAACUUGCUGCCAAGAGAGAACAAAUGAUGAGAGAAAUGGAUGAAGAUGUUGACAGAGAAAAUGAUAGUGACAUGGCUAAGGAAGCACGUCCCGAAUACUCUUUGAGAGAUCUUGCUGGUUUGACUGUUGAGCACAGUAGAGAUACGUUUCUUGAAGGAAAGGCAGUUGUUUUGACACUCAAAGAUGCUGAUGUGUUGGAUGAGGAGCGUGGUGAUGUACUUUAUAACAUCAACUUGCUUGACAACGAGAAAGCAGCAAAGAAUGUUGAACUGAAAAAGUUGAAACCUUCCUACAAUCCUUACACGGACGAUGAGGUGGACGAAUUUGGAGUGCUGAAGGAAAAGAAAAUACUUGAGAAAUACGACGAGGAAAUAGAUGGAGAGAAAGCCACAUCAUUCACGUUAGGAAACUAUGGACGUGUGAGUACAGAAGACAUUGAAGAAGAAAAACGAAUUAGGGAGAGUCUCAGCCUAAAGGGGGAGUCACUGCAGCACAGUACAGGCAGACUGGCAUCUGAAUAUUACACUCAUGAAGAACUGGUGCAAUUCAAGAAGCCAAAGAAAAAGAGAAAAGUGAUGAGGAAAUCUCUAAAGGUGGACGAUCUUGUUCCGCUGGAAGAGACGGGAAAAGAUCACGGAUCACGACAGAAAGUAUCAGACAGUAAAGGAUCUGAACAUAAGAAGGGCAAGCGACAUGUUGCAAUUAAGCAAGAACAGAAUGAGAGCAUAGAAGAAAGCUACAUGGAAGUGGAUGAUGGUUUUGGUGAUGUUGAGGAAGAUGAAGCAGAAGUGGAACUGCAGAAGGCUCUACAGAGAGCCAGAAGAGUGAAGUCGAGUGGAAAAAUUGGUGGUGUUGAACGUGUUGGUGAAAUGCUGUCAAAGUCUUCUGAAGUGAAACAACAAAAUGAAACGUCUCAACCAACUGAACAGGGGAAAAUUGUUCUGAGUUCAAUUGCUGAGUUUUGCAGGACAGUUGGGGAGAAGUCUCAAGAUGUUCCAGAGCGUGUGGUGUCUGUGAAACAUGAUCAUCAAAGUGAAAGUGAAGAAGACAUGCAGUUUGAGGCAGCUGAACCAGCAGAUGAAUCUGAUGAUGAUGAGGAAAGACGAGGUUUUGAGGCUGAACCAAGUAUUGGGGCAAGUAUAACAGCUGCUCUGCAGAUGGCAAUGAGGAAAGGUAUGCUGGACAGUGGAACGACCGAAAGGAAGUAUGACAAAAAGAUGGAGUUUGUUGACAGAGACAAAGCAAAGAACGUCUUCGUUGAAUCUACAAGUGAACCUGGAAUAUAUGGAGAAUCCACAAGAGAUUCAAGGAGAGAUCGAGACAGAGAACGAGAUCGAGAUCGAGACAGGGAUCUGUAUUCUCGUGAUCGAUAUGACUCGUCACAUUCACAGUCAUCGUCUAAGGAAGAAUACAAACCAAAAGUUGAGCUGAAGUAUAUCAAUGAGAAGGGAGAAACAAUGGAUGAAAAAGAGGCAUUUCGAUAUUUGUCUCACAAGUUUCAUGGUAAAAAGCCAGGAAAGUCAAAGACUGAGAAGAGAGUAAAGAAGAAGCUGGAUGACGAGGCAUUGAAGAAAAUGCACUCGACAGACACUCCUCUUAACACAGUAGCUAUGAUGCAUGAGAAGCAGAGGCAAGCUGGAUCAGCGUUUCUAGUUCUCAGUGGAGGAGCCAGAUCUUUAGCUGGGGUAUCUGAUUUUGGCAGAAAGUGACACAGGUAAAUGAGUGAAGUCGAACAUACUUGCUGUAUGUGCUUGAACUGGAUCUUCUACUGUGUUUAUCACUAUUUACACUCAUUCUAAUUGAAUUUCAUCGUAUUAGGCUGUAUCUGUUUGCUAGUCAAUCAUAUGAUGCUAUAUUUCUGCUGAUUAUAGAGUGCAGUGUGAACACUAACUUGGGAAUAACAUAGAAUCCUUAAGUAAUGUUCAUAUGAUUGAAAUUGGA